AUGAAGACUUUUGGCGUCUUGGCUGUUCUCCUUCUCGCACUUGUUGCUAUCAAUGCAGAAAAGGUGGCGGACGACGAAUGGGACGUAUCAAAGGAACUGAUAAAUUUAAACAGUGAAAAUCUGCCUGAUAUGUCACAGAACUUGAAAACAACCUCCCACGGUCUAAUCACCUCACCUUCUCUCAUCACGUCUGCAGUUUGUGCUCUCCUUCUGCUUCCCCAAUUGAUGCUCUUCCUCUCCUAA